CCCAUACGCCGCCACCAUGCCUCCCAAAGACCCUGAGGUGGAGAAGCUGAAGAAGGAGCUGCAGGACGCCAUCGCUAAGGUGCAGGCUGACCAGAAGACCAAGGCAGACACCACCAUGGAAGGCGUCCUGGGUGACCUCGCUGACAUGCCCCGCUCGCGCCCCUCCUGUAAGAAGAUGUGCAAGGGACACCUCAACAAAGUGAACAGUGUGCACUUCAGUGGUGACAGCAGGCACCUCGUCUCUGGGUCUCUUGAUGGUAAACUGAUCAUCUGGGACAUCUAUACAGGCAACAAGACCCAGAUUAUCCCUCUCAUGUCUUCCUGGGUGAUGUCUGUGGCUUUCUCGUCUUCAGGAAACUUUGUGGCCAGUGGUGGGAUGGACAACCAGUGUACGAUUCAUGACAUCAACAACCGAGACUCCACGGGCGCCGCUAAAGUUGCCAGGGAAUUGGUUGGCUACGAGGGGUUCCUGUCAUCAAUUCGCUUUUUAGACGACUCCAAUAUCAUCACUGGCUCUGGUGACAUGAAGGUCAUCCACUGGGACUUCAACACAGGGAAGAAAGUGACGGAGUUCUUCGGCCACUCAGGAGACGUGGCCACGAUGAGCUUGGCGCCGGACAACAAUACCUUCGUGACAGGCUCUGUGGACCGCACCAUGAAACUGUGGGACGUCAGGGAGCCAGACACGUGCAAGCAGACCUUCUGGGGACACACUAGUGAUGUGAAUUCUGUUUAUUUCCACCCAUCAGGUCACGCCAUAGCAACAGGUUCAGAGGACAAGACAGCUCGACUUUGGGACAUCAGGAGUGACCAACAGAUUGCUGAAUACAAGCCGCCCACUGCUAACUCCGGGUUCACCUCUUGUGUCCUCAGCGCGUCCGGGAGAAUUAUAUUGUGUGGCUCUGACGACAAUACCAUUCACUACUGGGACACCAUGAAGGGCGCCCAUCAAGGGCAACUUCAGGGACACGAAAACCGCAUCACGUCCCUUGCUAUGUCAGGGAGCGGCAUCGCCUUCGCCUCCUGCUCCUGGGAUAUGAAUGUAAGAGUGUGGGGAGCGUAAACGUGACCCUAAAACUCAACCUUAACAACAGAAUAGCUAAGGUGAAGAGUUUACUUGAGUUACCCCUUAAAAUUCUUUCUUUACGUUCGUUUUCUUUGAUUAUGAGUUGUGGUAUGUUUUCUUUGACUAUUUGUGUGCGUGUGUAUUUUUUUUCCUGAUUUUUUUUUUUUUCGUUUUGUUGGUUUGUAUGACUUUUUGUUUUUCACACACUAGAAAUUAUUUUUUUUAUCUUCGUUUUCCUUGAUUGUAUCUCACGUUACGUUUUCUUUGACUAUUUUUUUUUUGUGAUUUACUUGUUUUAUUUAUUUAUUUAUUAUUAUGUUUUUUUUUUUUAAAGUUCGUGCUUUGUUUUCUCAACUUCAUUUCUUUCUUUUUGUCUUCACCCACUAACA